AUGGAGGGGCUCAACGACGAUAUCAUUCUCCUGAUCGUGGAUCAUCUCGAAGACCACGGUGAUCGCUACAAUGCCAUCAUCGUCAACCAUCGCUUCCACGAGUUGUUCUCUCGCGCCUUGUACCGGUCUGCAUCGCUGAAGAAUGUCUCGGACGUCCAGUCAUUUCUGAAGACGAUAACGCUGCAACCGAGCCUUGCCAGUGCGGUACGGUCUCUGGAUUUCGAGGGCUGGACGUUCAACGAUGCGCAAACCCUCUUUAGCCAGGACGAUAUCGCUUUGUUCUCGAACUGCGCGAAGGCUAAUUGCCAUUCACCGGAAGAGCACGCGCAAUGGGAAAGCGACCUGAGCGACGGCGUGGACGAGGCAUGGAUCGCGCUUCUGCUCUCGUUCACACCCAAUAUCAGACAGCUCAAGCUGGUCUACCCGUCGCAUAGCCUGGAAAUUCGGGGCUACCUCGACCGGUUGUUUCAGAGGGUCACGACGCAGCAGAAGCCCUUUGACAGACGCCCGGCGUUUACCCGGUUGCAUGACGUGUCCCUGAGGCAGGUGACGAGGGACGAUAAGGCCAUAGGCACUUUCUCCCCGUCGCAGAUCGAACCCUUCCUUCGGAUGCCGUCGUUGACUCGGCUAGCCGUGGACUCGCUCAUCGAAUACCGACCUGACCCAAGUGAGGAACAGACCGAGGUCGAUGCAGGUCAGAAAGUAGAAAAUCUCAACGUGCAAACACACUCACUUUCAGAAAUAACCCUCACCUCCAGCAACGCCUUCAACGGCUUGAACACAACUUUAUCCUCCUGUCCCGGCCUCAAAUCCUUCAAAUACCAACACACCGACGCACUCUUGUUGGCCGAGGGCUUCCGCCCUUCUGCAUUUAACACUUCCCUGGCACGCCACAAAGCCACGCUCGAAACGAUCUGGCUCGAUAAUCUCGGCACGCAUCUUCCUUUCACAAUCAGUGGACUCAACGAAAGCCACGAGGAAUGGUUCGGCUCGUUCGCGGAGUUCACGGCGCUGAAAGACCUGCGGAUCCGGUUGACGAAUUUGCUCUAUAUCCAGUAUUCGUUUGAGCCGGUGACGCCCUUGACGGAUGUCUUGCCGGAGGGGAUUGAGAGGCUUUAUAUUGAGGACUGCAAGGAGCGCUCGUUGGGGAUGCUGCUUGCGCAAGUUGGAUUGGUGCUCGAGGCGCGGAAGACCAAUGGGCGAUUUAGACGGUUGAGAAGCUUGGAUAUCGAAGGCUUCUUCCAUGAUGAGGAGGAGGAUGCGGAUACUUCUGGUGAUGGUGACGGUGAAGGGGGCGGUCUCGCUCCGGCUAUCAAACCACGUAUCUGUGAGAUGGUUGAGCCCGUGAGGGAUGUUUGUGAGAGGGCUGGAAUCCGCCUGUCUUUGCGAGAUCGGAUGUGCCUGCAUACCAUGGGUUGA